UUUUUAUAAUUAUUUUUCCAGAUUGGAUUUCCUUCAAUUGGAGACAACGACCCAAAGACGCAUGCUACCAAGCGUGUAUAUUGCAGCCUUUACUACUCUUAUAAGCAGCCUCUCUGCUGUGUGAAGAACAUGGCAGCUACUACUCAUGAAGAUAUUGAUGCCCAAAUGCAACAGAUCCAGGCCAAAAACAAAGCACUGGCAAGUUCCAAGGAGAAGAUCGGGUUAGAGUCUAUGGGUAACUUUGACUCCAUGAUCUAUGGCCGCUCUGAUAAGGGAUCCUACGACACAUCCAUUGGCUUCAACGAAGAUGACGAGGAAGAAGACACUGGUAUUCGACCUGCCGCCGGUCGACAAAACUUCUCUGCCCCAGCUGAUGUGCUGAACGACCUGCCACCUAAUGAUCAGCCUGAUGUUCUCUUGGAGGCACAGCAGCAGCGAGUCAUUGCCAAUCGUCAUGACGAGUAUCACAAUCGCCAGUACCGGAACAUGAUGAUCUCCCCAAUGCGUCAGGACCCGUUUGCUGAUGGAGGAAAAACCCCCGACCCCAGGCUACGACAGUAUGCUGAUGUCAUGGUUGAGAAGCAGCUACGCCAAGAAGAGCGAGACAUCCAAAAUGCCAUCGUGGAACAGAAGGAGGAGGGGAAGCCUCGCAAGCGAGGUCGCUGGGAUAACACGACCUCCGAGGAGAGCGCCGCCCCGGUCAAGAAGAAGUCAUCCUGGGACCAAGCAGAGACCACCCCCCAGAAGAGUGGUUGGGACGAGACCCCCGGACAUGCUAAAGGCUCAGAGACCCCUGGAUUGACUCCCUCAUCGCGUGUGUGGGAUGCUACCCCCGGAGCAGCAACCCCUGGAGCUGCUACCCCCGGUCGUAAGAACAGAUGGGAUGAGACCCCUCGAUGGGGGGACACACCCAAAGCCGAUAAAUCAGGGGAAACCCCCAGUCGUGCUGGGUGGGCGGAGACACCUCGCACUGAUCGUGGAGGGGGUGGAGACAAUGUAUCAGACACGCCCACUCCAUUCAGCAAACGUCGCUCUCGUUGGGACGAGACUCCUGCCUCUCAGAGAGUGGGUGGGGGCACACCGAGUAUGGGGAACACCCCCUCCUUUGGUACCCCUUCCAUCGGAGCAGCCACACCCAACUUUGGAGCACCUACACCAGCAGGAGCUCUUGCUCGAGGCAUGAUGACCCCAUCCCCCGGCCAGCUGGGUUCAAUGACCCCUGAGCAGAUGCAGAGCUGGAGAUGGGAGAAGGAGAUGGACGAUAGGAACAGACCCCUCUCUGACGAUGAGCUCGACGCUCUCUUUCCACAGGACGGCUACAAGAUCUUAAAGCCUCCAACCAACUACAAUCCGAUUCGUACACCUGCCCGAAAGCUGACUGCCACGCCCACCCCCAUGGGCAUGAGCGGGUUCCGGUUCCAGAUGGAUGAUGACAAGGUCAAGAUAGUUGAUGACCUCCAGCCUCAGGGGGCAGGCAAACAAGAGCUGCCGUACAUGAAAAUGGAGGACGCUCAAUACUUCUCAAAGCUGCUGGAGGAUGUUGAUGAAGAGACGCUGAGUGCAGAGGAACAGAAGGAGCGACGAAUCAUGAAGCUUCUCCUCAAGAUCAAGAACGGAACACCUCCAAUGAGAAAGUCUGCCCUGCGUCAAAUAACAGAGAAAGCUCGAGAAUUAGGGGCAGAUUCUCUGUUCAACCAGAUCCUGCCCCUCCUCAUGUCCCCCACUCUGGAGGACCAGGAGAGGCAUUUGUUGGUAAAGGUCAUCGAUCGAAUACUCUACAAACUGGAUGAUCUUGUACGCCCCUAUGUACACAAGAUCCUGGUAGUGAUUGAGCCGUUGCUCAUCGAUGAGGACUAUUACGCUCGUGUAGAGGGUCGUGAGAUCAUCUCCAACCUUGCCAAGGCAGCUGGCCUGGCUACCAUGAUCUCCACCAUGAGACCUGACAUUGACAACAUCGACGAAUAUGUUCGCAACACCACUGCAAGGGCAUUUGCGGUGGUGGCCUCAGCGCUGGGUAUCCCCUCUCUCUUGCCCUUUUUGAAGGCCGUGUGUCGCUCCAAGAAGUCGUGGCAGGCCCGUCAUACCGGCAUCAAGAUCUGUCAGCAGAUAGCCAUCCUCAUGGGGUGUGCUGUGUUGCCUCAUCUCAAGAGUCUUGUGGAGAUCAUCGAGAACGGUCUAGUAGACGAACAACAGAAGGUUCGUACUAUAACUGCCCUAGCGUUGGCUGCUCUGGCUGAAGCUGCCACUCCGUACGGUAUCGAGGCUUUCGACUCUGUCCUCGUGAGACUGUGGAAGGGAAUCAGGAACCAUCGUGGCAAGGGUCUGGCUGCGUUCCUCAAGGCGAUUGGUUACCUCAUCCCUCUGAUGGACAACGAGUCGGCCAACUACUACACACGAGAAGUGAUGGUCAUCCUCAUACGUGAGUUCCAGAGCCCCGACGAGGAGAUGAAGAAGAUUGUGCUCAAGGUGGUGAAGCAGUGCUGUAUGACGGACGGAGUGGAGCCUCACUACAUCAAGGAGGAAAUCCUCCCACACUUUUUCAGACAUUUUUGGAACCAGCGAAUGGCCCUCGACAAAAGAAACUUUAGACAGCUGGUGGACACUACGGUGGAGAUAGCAAACAAGGUGGGGGCGGCAGAGAUAGCCAGUCGAGUGGUGGAGGAUCUUAAAGACGAAUCUGAGCAAUAUCGAAAAAUGGUCAUGGACUGUUUGGAGAAGGUGCUAAGCAACCUGGGAGCUGCAGACAUAGACUCUCGUCUGGAGGAGCAGCUGAUUGACGGAAUUCUGUUUGCUUUCCAAGAGCAAACCAGCGAGGAUGUGGUGAUGUUGAAUGGCUUCGGGGUGAUUGUGAAUGCCCUGGGUGGCCGGGUGAAGCCAUACCUGCCUCAAAUCUGUGGGACCAUCUUAUGGCGGCUCAACAACAAGAGUGCAAAGGUCAGGCAGCAAGCAGCAGACCUUAUCUCCAGGAUCUCCGCUGUCAUGAACACUUGUGGAGAGGAAAAGCUGCUCGGUCAUCUUGGAGUGGUUCUGUACGAGUACCUGGGAGAGGAAUACCCGGAAGUGCUGGGCAGUAUCCUGGGUGGUCUCAAGGCUAUCGUGAACGUGAUCGGGAUGACGAAAAUGACGCCUCCCAUUAAAGACCUUCUCCCAAGACUUACCCCUAUUCUGAAGAACAGGCACGAGAAGGUGCAAGAGAAUUGCAUCGAUCUGGUUGGUCGAAUUGCCGACAGGGGGGCGGAGUUUGUGUCCGCCAAGGAGUGGAUGAGAGUGUGCUUUGAUCUCCUUGAGUUACUCAAAGCUCAUAAGAAGGCAAUCCGAAGAGCUACCGUCAACACCUUUGGAUACAUUGCCAAGGCAAUUGGGCCUCAGGAUGUGCUGGCUACCCUCCUCAACAAUCUCAAAGUACAGGAGCGUCAAAUGAGGGUGUGCACCACCGUCGCCAUAGCAAUAGUGGCCGAGACCUGCUCCCCAUUCACUGUCCUCCCUGCCCUCAUGAACGAGUACCGUGUUCCAGAAUUGAAUGUUCAGAACGGAGUCCUAAAAUCCCUCUCCUUCCUGUUUGAGUACAUCGGGGAGAUGGGGAAAGACUACAUAUACGCCGUGACACCAUUACUCGAGGAUGCUCUUAUGGACAGGGACUUGGUUCACAGACAGACAGCCUGCUGGGCAGUCAAGCACAUGUCUCUAGGUGUGUACGGCUUUGGUUGUGAGGACGCUCUCACUCAUCUCAUGAACUAUGUUUGGCCUAACAUCUUUGAGAUCUCCCCUCACAUGAUGCAGUCCUUCAAUGAUGCAGUGGAAGGGUUUAGAGUGUCCAUUGGACCAGGGAGAGUGCUUCUCUACACAUUACAGGGUCUGUUCCAUCCAGCUAGGAAAGUGAGAGAGGCUUAUUGGAAGAUCUACAACACUCUUUACAUUGGCUCUCAAGAUGCUCUGGUGCCUGCAUAUCCCAGAAUUGAUGAUGAUGCUAAGAACAGCUAUCUCAGAAAUGAAUUGAACAUUUUCCUCUGAUUAACUUUAUGAACUUAAUGACUUGGCUAUUGCAUUACUUUGUUUGUUAGCUGUUGUCCGAACAUGUAUAUCGUCAAUUAACACGUUA